UUUUCUUGACGUAGUGUCCGGACAAAUUUAAGCUAAUGUUGCCCAGAAUACACAAUGUGCCAUUCAUUGCAAUAAGCUUCAUGCUCUUUAUAUUUUGUUUUGUUGAUGCAAAGAAAAGCAAUUUAUGGAAGUGUGAUAAGUUUAAUGCUGCGUGAUGCCAACUAUUCAGUUGCAAAUGUAAGGGAGUCUUCAUUAUUAGCUUAGCUUUAGCCAUGCUUUUAGCGUCCGCUUUCCCUUGUCUUCAACUGUACGGUUUGCUUUCUACAGGGACCACAGCUGGUAGCUAGCUUGGUAGCUUUCUGGUAAAAUAUAUUUUUAAUGUGAUUUUUAAAAAACUGUUUUGUUCUUAUUUUCUUUAAUUUUUGUUACAACUUGAAUUUAGCAUCAAAUUCUGUGUGAGUGCGGCGAUUGACAAAAAAUGGAACAUUGUUUCAUUUAACACGCCUAGACAGCGAUUAGCUUGUUUAGUCAGGUAACUUUGAGGAAACGUCUCAUCGCCUCAUGACAUAGUUUCAUGUAGACGUUCUUUCGAUCUGGAUGGUAUACUUUGUCCAAAGGAACUCAAGCAGGCUCUUUCUGUUUUUUUGUGCCACGAUGGCUUCCUCCUCUGGAAACGACGAUGACCUUACCAUUCCGAGAGCAGCAAUCAACAAGAUGAUUAAAGAAACUCUCCCCAAUGUACGAGUUGCCAACGACGCCAGGGAGCUUGUUGUCAAUUGCUGCACAGAGUUUAUUCAUCUAAUUUCCUCCGAAGCCAAUGAAAUAUGCAACAAAUCCGACAAGAAGACCAUAUCUCCCGAACAUGUAAUCAACGCGCUCGAGAGCCUUGGUUUCGGGUCAUACAUAACGGAAGUGAAAGACGUACUACAAGAGUGUAAAACUGUUGCAUUGAAAAGGAGGAAGGCCAGUUCUCGGCUGGAAAACCUGGGCAUCCCAGAAGAGGAGCUCCUCAGACAACAACAGGAAUUAUUUGCCAAGGCCCGGCAGCAGCAGGCAGAGCUAGCCCAGCAGGAGUGGUUGCAGAUGCAGCAGGCUGCCCAGCAGGCCCAGAUGGCAGCUGCCUCUGCCAGCGGAGCCCAACAGGCUGGCUCCUCUCAGGAUGAAGAUGAGGAGGACGACAUGUGAUCCCUCGAUACUUUUUAACUCGUCCGAGUUCUUCAUUGGGACAGAACCUGCACACAAACCUCCCAGCGCUGUCAUUGGCAGAGGCGUGAGAUGUGUUUAAAUACUGACUGUGAAAAUACACACUUGGAAUGAACAGUGAAUUGAACAGUGGAAGGGGAUUUCAACAUAACCCCAUAUUCAGAUACCAGAACCUGAAAAUGAUUUGGCUUGAAAGGCUGUUGAUGAAGUUUUUUUUGAUGAAUCUCACUACCCCCCUCUUUUUUUUUUUUCUUUUUCAAUUGCCUCUCUUGAAUAACAACUUGAUAUUCUGUAGUAAAUUGUAGAUUUCUGGAUGUGUCAUGAACGUACUGAGCAGAUGUUGCCUGACACAUGGUUGUGGAUUUUGUUGAUAGCGAGUUACGGUCCUUCAGGUGCUGUACCAGGUGACUUGUUUGACAUCUCUUGUGCUAAGUCUCAUUCAGUGCUUUAGGAAAACCGUUCUUGAAUAAUUCUAGAGCAUCUGAUUCCUUCUCAUUUGAUGUUUGAUGGUCAUUCUUACUGUAAGGAAUUUCUUUUCCCACUCCUUGGAAUAUUUGUUAAAUGGAGGGUUAUUUGAGGGGCUAUCGAUAUAUUGAAUUUGCUAUUUUCCAUAGAGAAAUAAAUGGACAAUUGGUUCAAUGUUAGCUUAUUUGGAUUUUUUUUUUUUUUUUUCUAGAACCACCUACAGUAUUAGUAAUUAGCUACACCUUUGACCAUCUGUAUAUUUUUGUUAGAUAGAACCAAAGAUCGAGGACAGGCAAUGGUCCAGAGUUUGUUUUUAAAGGUGUAGGUGCUACUGUGAUUUUCACUGCUGACACCAGAUAAGUGUAAACAGUUAUGGAUUAAUUACCCAUAAUGUUGAUAUCUAAAGCUGAAUUAGUUGUUUCCCUUCUUGAGUGCAGCAUCAAAACAUUUGCAACAACUCUUGUCAAUCCUUGGUGUAAAAACAAGUAGCCUAGUUAUGAUACACAUUCACUUGCUUAUACUACAAACCGUAUUCUUUAAGCAAUAAAGGAAUCCUUUUUACAGACGACUGUUCUGUGUUCUAUUUCCUUCACUAAGGCGUUUUGACACUUGCACUGAUUGAUGCGGACCAGAGUUUGUGUCCUCAUACCAAGGUGUGAAAGUUUAGCUGUGAUCUCUUUUUGCCCAUGAAACAACUUAGCUCCCUGUUGUGAUUCACUUACAGCGUGAAAGCAAACAGACUAACCAACAAACUAAAGAGAGGAGAUGUGUGCAACCACAGCAGUACGUUGUGCUCACUUGCUCUCUGCCUUCUUCUGUACGUUAGUAUUUGUCUCAUGUUUUGGGCAAAAUGCUGCAUGGUUUUCUGCCUUAUUGCUCAUACUGGGUGGUCAGCCCCGGUCUCAGUGACAGGUAAGAAGAGCAGUAUCAGCACCCUCAGCUUCAGCAGACAUGCACAAGGUACAAAAAGCUACCUUAAAACAUCAUGCUGAUUAAUGCAUUGCCCUGGAAGAUUUGGGUUUUUGACCCUGGCUUUUCGACUUGUUGUGAUUACAGAAUUAUCCUUUUUCUCGAUUGAGCCCACGCUGCCCUUUCUGCAGUAAUAUGUCUCAAAUACUGACCACCGUGCACUUUUCUGCUGUAUGGUAACGCAUCAUAAACACCUGAGGAAGUUAAUGUAACUUCUGGACAAGGUUAGCGAAUGGUUUUGUUUCUCGGUGAAGUUUUACCUGGCAUUUAUGAGCUGCAUUUCAUGUAAAAAUAAUACAAAAGUUUGAUUAAUGCUUUUCUAAUUUGUUUUCCCCUACAAUUAUUGAUUUAAUGAAAAUGUAUUUAAGUUAUUUUGCCUGACAUACUCUAAAUCAGGGGUUUCCAACUUGAGUACUUGAAGGCUGCAGUCCUGCAGGUUUUAGAAGUGGCCCUGCUUGAACAAACCUGAUUCUGAUGAAAUAGUUCCGUUCAAAAGCCCUGCACAAGCCUGACUCUGGCAUUCUGACGUGAAUCAGGAAUGUUGAGGCAGAGAAAACCUCUUAAACCUGCAGGACAGGAGCCCUGGAGGACUGACUUUGGAAACCCCAGCCCUAAAUUGUCCAACAUUGUAUUAAUUGUUUCUGAAAUAUGUGUAAAGACUAAAAAGUGAAAGAGAUGUAAUUAAAAAAAACUUAAUUGGACUAUUGAGAAGGAACAUCAUGUAUUCUGUUGAUGCAUUGUCUGUAAGUCACAAUAAACUAGUAAUGUAGGAAUUGGAGGGUUUUAAACAUACCUUUACUGUCCCAACAGAUACCCUUGGAAUCAA